UCCAACCAUCCCGAGGCUGUUCCUGGCCUCCUCCUCCCUCCUGCUCCGUGUUCCUUGUAGGAACAAGGCACUGCUGCUGCUCCAGCCUCCCGUGCACACACCUACCCUUCCUGGAGUGGUCCAGACGCACCCUCUCCUACCCCGGGGGUCCUACUCGACUCACUUCCCUGGACAACACCAUUGUCCAUUCUUCUGGAACCCUCAGCUCCUCUGUCACCCAUCCCCUCAUCCAGGCUCGGGCUGCAGCUGCUCCCUGUGGGCUGCCACUUCCCAAAUGCUUCAGCCACCCCCUUCUCUUCCCUGAAAGACCCCUUCCCAGUUCCUCAUUCCACUCACGGGCACUACUGUUCUCAUUCACCUUGUUCUUGGUUUGUAGUUAUCUUAACUACUGCCAUUUUGUCUUGUCCCCCUCUCCAGCCCCUGGUCGUCCCAUGAUUCCCCCGCCAAGUCUUUCUCUGUGUUUCCCCUCUGCCUAUCCCCUCCCAGCCCAGAGCCUACCCAGCUAGAACAGCAGCCGUGGGUGGAACCCCACCACCACCACCGUUCCCACACUGCCUCAAACUUCCUCAAACCUCCAUCUGCGUCCUGCCUCACUUCUCUGAAACCACCAUUCAUCCCCUUUCCUCCUGUCCUGACUCUUCUGGGUGACAGUUCACAUGACACUAGAGCCUGGUUUCUGGGUUCAGGUCCCACCCUGCCACUUCCUCAUUGUGUGUUCGCCAGAUCGCCACCCCUCUCUGAACCUCGGGCGCCUCUUCAUUCAAACCGGGUUGGAGAGAGCCUCUCCUUGUCGCAGUGUAAUGAGCCAGCCCCACCCGGACGAGGGCCACCCGCCACCCCUGGAAGCUGUCCCAGUCCCCUGGAAGAGUGUGGGCCCCUGCAAAAGCCACAGGGAGUCCCCGGGAGGCCUGGCGGAGACCCCUGCAGGGGAGGAGGUGCAAGGCGAGGAGGGGCCUGUGGCUACCCGGCUGGACGUGUCGCGCCUGCGCAGCUCUUCCAUGGAGAUCCGCGAGAAGGGCUCGGAGUUCCUGAAGGAGGAGCUGCACAAAGCCCAGAAGGAGCUGAAACUGAAGGAUGAGGAGUGUGAGCGGCUGUCCAAGGUGCGGGAGCAGCUGGAACAGGAGCUGGAGGAGCUGACGGCCAGCCUGUUUGAGGAAGCCCACAAGAUGGUGCGAGAAGCCAACAUGAAGCAGGCAGCGUCAGAAAAGCAGCUGAAGGAGGCGCGGGGCAAGAUCGACAUGCUGCAGGCAGAGGUGACAGCCUUGAAGACACUGGUCAUCACGUCCACACCAGCCUCUCCCAACCGCGAGCUCCACCCGCAGCUUCUCAGCCCCACCAAGGCCGGACCCCGCAAGGGCCACUUGCGUCAUAAGAGCACCAGCAGCGCCCCCUGCCCUGCUGUGUGUCCUGCUGCAGGACACGCCCUGGCCCCGGACAAGGAGGGCAGAGAGGUGGAUGCGACCCUGUUUGCAGAGUUCCAAGCCUGGAGGGAAUCACCUUCCCUGGACAAGACCUGCCCCUUCCUGGAAAGGGUGUACCGGGAGGACGUGGGCCCCUGCCUGGACUUCACCAUGCAGGAGCUCUCGGCACUGGUCCGGGCCGCCGUGGAGGACAACACGCUCACCAUUGAGCCUGUGGCUUCGCAAACACUGCCCUCAGUGAAGGUGGCCGCUGUCGAGUGUGGCCGCACCAAUGGGUUCCGGGCCCCGAUUGACACUACAUGUGCCCUGAGUGGGCUGGCCUGUGCCUGUCGCCACCGAAUCCGGCUUGGGGACUCCAAGAGCCACUACUACAUUUCGCCAUCUUCCCGAGCCAGGAUAACUGCUGUGUGCAACUUCUUCACCUACAUCCGCUACAUCCAGCAAGGCCUGGUGCGGCAGGACGCGGAGCCGAUGUUCUGGGAGAUCACAAGGCUGCGGAAGGAGAUGUCGCUGGCCAAGCUUGGCUUCUUCCCCCAGGAGGCCUAGGGCAUGGCCCAGGCCUGGAGUGGGGCUCUGAGCUGGAGCCAACACCCACUCCAUGAUAGACAGACAUACAGCAGGACAGGGUCCUUGAGCCAGCCCUUAGCCAGAAACUGAACAGAAGGACAAAUGGCCAGGCCAUGGAGGCAGCGCCGAGCUGGCACCAAACGUCCAUCCCUGGACAGGACCUCAAGAGGUGACCUCUCUUCCCUAGUGGUACUACAGCCACUAGGAGACUUUCAAGAAAGUACCAAAGACCAAGGAGCUUGGAGCCAUACAGAGAGGCUCAGCCCUUGGGAGGGGCCCCUGGGGCAGCCAGCACCCCCUCCCCAGUCCCAGGAGCUGCUGCCUGCAGGCGCCUUGUUGGCUGGAUCUCAAGGGUAUCCGACAGGCUAGUUCCCAAGUCCCUGGGCACCAGCACCCCCUUGUGGCCAUCCUUCACCACGUUCCCAGGAGGCCUCCGCAUCAGAAAGCCCAGCAGGCCUGCAGUCCCAGGUGCCCACGGGGCCGCAGAGUUGUGACUGCCAGGGCCUCCCUGGCUGUCUUCUACUCCAUCCUAUGUCUGCCUGAAAACUGCCCCCAGAUGUUCUCAAGAUGUAGCAGGGUCCCUCUUCCUGCCCUCCCUCUCAACCUUCCCCCUCCCCUCCCCAUCCGAGCCCUAUGCUGAAGAAGUCCUGCCCCCACCGCUCCUGGAAGGAUUGGGGCACUCAUCUCCCAAAGUAAAACACAGUGGACGCCCUGGCCUGUUUACAGCCGUGGAUGGCCAUCCAGAGAACAGGGGCAGAGGGCGCCCUGCACCCAGGACUGGGGUGGGGUGGGCAGGCCCCGGGCCCCUCCUCACCUCUCACAGCCUACUCGGUACCAGGGUCCAAGGCCAACCUGGACACAUCCCUCACCACGUCUGAUUUCCUCCUCUGAACGGAAUGUAAUGCGAUCUCUAUUUAAUAAAGGACGGCUUUGUUGGUA